AUGUUAUCACAGAUGGCACUUAGCAAUAACGGAUCUCUAGUGAAAAGUGAACAUUCAUUGGAUGUUUCUAAUUCAGCUUCAUCAUCUAAUGAUUUUUCAAAUGAUGCUGAAGGUGUAUGGUCUCCUGAUAUUGAUCAAGCUUUUCAUGAAGCUCUUCAAAUUUAUCCACCAUGCGGACGUAGAAAAAUUAUUCUUUCUGAUGAAGGUAAGAUGUAUGGGCGCAAUGAGUUGAUUGCCAGAUACAUUAAAAUACGAUGUGGCAAGACACGUACUCGUAAACAAGUUUCUUCUCACAUUCAAGUAUUAGCUCGUAAAAAAGCUCGUGAAAGUCAAGCAAAAGUAAAACAAGAAAUAAAACUUCCUGAAGCUGCACGUAGAGCAGCUGCUGAAGUUGCAGCAGCUAUUGAAGCAGGUAACACAUCAAAGUCAGCAUCAAUAACACCACCACAUGAUUAUACAAAUACAAAAAUGCUUGAUAUUCCUGUACAUCUUCCAACACCAAAUAAUCCAAUAUUUUUUUCAUUUAACAAUAUUUCAAUACCAGCAACAGGUGGUGGACAAUCUAUUGGAAUGGGUAGAGCACCAAAUUCAACAAAUUAUCUUUUAGGUACAAUUCAUGGUAAUGAAGAAAAUUUUUGUACCAUUCCUGAUGAUGCUUUAAAAAAUAAAAAUUUACAUAAUCUUAAAGAAAGAAUUGUCGCUUCAUCAAAACUAGUCUUAUGUGGCUUUACAGCAUAUAUACGUGAAAAUACCGGAGAACAAAUUGAUAUCGUAAAAAUAAAUCAAAUUUCUGAUGAACCAUUAGAAUCAAUAAAAUUUGAUUUAAUAGCAAGUAAAUUUCCAGAAGAAUUUAGAGUUUUAUUUGAUGAAGGACCACCAGAUUCAUUUUUCCUUGCCAAAUGUUGGGGAAAUUUAGCUUUUAAUCUUCCUUCAGAAGAUAGAAAAGCAAACGUUAUUUAUGCUGUUGAUAGUUUUUAUGAUUCAUUAACAAAAUUUGAUAUUUCUGUUUCUACAAAAGCAAUUACCUUUGCUAAACAAAUAGUAGAAAAAGUAGAAGUAUACUCUUCAGUUCAAAAAGAUAAUCGUUAUCAUUUUGCUUUAGAAAGUUCACCAAUGUGUGAAUAUAUGGUUGAUUUUAUAACAAAAUUGAUUAAAGAAGUUUCUGGAAAUGAAUUAAAAAAUCGUGUAUUAGAAAAUUUUACUGUUCUUCAAGUUAUUAAAAAUAGGCAAACUAAUGAAACAGUAAUGACAAUUGCAUUCAUGUUUGAAGUUUCUCCAGAUCCUGAUCCUACAUCAAGAUUAUACAGAUUAGUAAGAUGA